UCUGUUAGCGACGCGGCAACACACUGCUGGGCCGGAGGCCGCUGCUCGGCUACCGAGGGCCGGCUGCCCUGCAGUGUCCGGCCGCUCCGGCCGCGUGGAGGAUCUUGCAGAAGCCGGGGCGAGCUGAACUCGAACGGGCUCGCGCCUGCCUGCCGAGGUUCAAAUGCUUCAGCCCCCUGUGGCUGCGCAGCCCCCGAGUCCCUUCAGAGGCGCCUGGGCUUCCCCGGGCCGGACCCGGCGCCUCUUGAGCGCCCUCCGCUCCCGCUGACUGCGCUGGGCGCUGAGGGUGUCAGGCCCCGGGGCUCGGGUCUUUGCUCAGAAGAAGGAAAUGUCAGCUCAGAUUUAAUGCAGAGAGUCAGUGGCGUGCAUGGCUGUAAAAUAAGUGACAGUUAAAUUGUAUGAAGGGUGGUCGCUGUGUAGGUCCCAGGGUAGGAGAGAGAGGAAGGUUAAGUCUUUGGUCAUAAUACAAUGGAUGCACAAACCAGAAAAAUGGCUCAGUUAUUGGACAAUGAUCAGUUCUUGGAAAAAGUAGGGGUAAGCAUGGGAUCUGGCACAGUUCCGGUGAAAGGCCGACCAUCCUGGCAUGAUAUUACAAUAACAGAUUUGGAGCCCGAUAAUGGAUUACUGGUUACACACAUCAACCAGACACAAGACCUGCUGAGAGUGCAAAAGAGGAAAAUGCGAUCCAGUGAGAUGCAAACCACAGAAGAAUGGCUAAGAAACCACAGUUUAGAAUCCAUGCAAUUAACAUUAGAAGAUCUCCUAAAGAAGGGCAAUGUUGUUUUGAAUGCAAGAAAUGCCACAGAACAGAUAGAGUUUGAUGCCAAAACAGUUGUUAAUUUUGAAUCCAAGCUGUCUGAAGCAAUUGAACUUUAUCACCAGCGAAUUCAGUGGCUGUUGGAGGACAGCAGAAAGGUGUUCGGCCUUAUAAAAGGGAACAAAGUUGGACUCCUGGUUGAUGUAUCUGAUAUAAGUUGCGGACCUCGACUAUUUGAGUUCCAGAAAGACCUUUUGUGUCUAAUAGAUGAACAGCUGUGUUAUAAGAAGCAGUUAUAUUUCCUUUCCUUUGGUACUGAGAUUUCAUCUCUGUGGGAGAAUCCAACAAACAUCAACAUGCGCAUCCUAGAUGAAGCAAGACAGUGGGUGCAGGAGCUUCAACCCAGUGGAGGUUGCAAUUUGCUGAAAGCUUUAAAGAAGGUCCUUACAAUGAGGGAACUGAAUUCAUUGGUUCUUAUUGUAGGAAGCUGCCCUGAUCAGUCUUCGGAAAUAUUGUGUGACUAUAUUCAGCAAUGUACCUUGGGGAGAAAGCUGCUGAUACACACCAUUACAUAUGAGUGUAGCAGUCAUGUUCCUCCUGCUGUUUUAAAGAACCUUGCGGAAGUUGUUGGAGGCCGUUAUCACUGCUAUUCUUCAAAGAGUGAGAAUUAUGAUAGUAGUGAUGUUUAUCUGCUACUUUGUGAAUCCCAAAAAGCUAAGAACAUUCUCAGCAGCAUCAAAGAAACUUUCCAGGGAAGGAUUGGUGAUUCAGUUAUUGGUAGAGUACAAGAUAUUGCCACAGUAUUUACCAAGUUGACACCUGCUAGUUUCCUACCCAAGCCUCCAAAGCAUGAAGGACCUCUUGUUGUACAAAUGCCGAGCUUCCUGGCCAAAACCUCUGCAGGCUGGUUAAAGACAAAUGGAUUGAAAGCCAAGAAGUUAAGCCUUUAUCAAGUUUUGGCUCCUAAUGCUUUUUCACCUGUGGAAGAAUUUGUACCUAUUCUGCAGAAAACAGUAUCAUCAACUCUGCAUGAGAAAGCAAUGAUGCAGUUUGAAUGGCAUGAUGGGACUGUGAAAAAUGUUCACGUGGACCCACCAAUAUUAUAUGACUAUCAGAAACAGCUUGAUAGAAUGGUGAGAACGUAUGAGAGGCGAAUAGACUGGCUUUCUAUGGCUAGUAGAAGAAUAUGGGGAACUGUUUGUGAACUGAGGGUUGUUAUACUUGUUGAUAUCUCUGUAACAAAUUCCUUGUACAUCGUUCAUAUCCAACAUUCCUUGCGACUUUUACUUGAAGAACAAAUGUCAAACAAGGAUUUCUUCAAUAUUAUAGCAUUUGGAAGUGACAUCAAGUCUUGGAAACCUGAAAUGGUUCCUUGUAAUCCAGAAAAUUUACAAAGUGCCUGGAGGUGGGUGUUGAGCCUGCAGUGCAAAGGCAGUAGAAAUUUCAUGAGUGCUCUAAGAAGAGCAGUGGAAGUAGACCUCAAAGAUAAAGACAAACAUGUAUCUCAAGGACUUUAUCUGCUUACCACUGGAGUUCCUGACCAGGAGAUGCAUGCAGUUAGUACUUACGUGGCUGAUGUCUGUGGCAGUUGUGAUAUGCAGCUUCAUGUCUGUCUGUUCAGUGUAAAUGGUUUUGACCCCAGUGGCAUUAUUCCAUCUCGUUAUGCCAGUCCAAAUGAAACCGCCAGCACGUUUAGAGAAAUAGCACAUGCUGCCAAUGGAAGGUUUCAUUGGUUUGGAGAAACAGGUAUUUAUGAAAGUGAUGAUAUCAGUAUUAUUGUGUCUGAAAUGGAAAAAGCAGUCAACUACUCCCAAAAGUGUGCCUUGCUGGUGGAAUCCUUAAAGCAACGUUCAGGAACUCAGUUGGUUAAUCAGUUUAUCCCAGAAGAAGAUUUAAAGAUGCUCUUAAAAAAGGAGAGAACUAGAGCACAGAAAUUGCUGCCUCCUAAACCUACAGCUCUCACUCUGGCUAGAAUGAAUAUCAAAGACAAUCAUGAGGGGGAAAAAAAUGCUGCCUUAAAAGCUCUGACAUGGCGUCCAACUAGUGCCAAAGCAGAAAUCCCACCACCUCAGCCAAUAAAAGAAUGGACUCAGACUUCUGUGAAGAAGAAAUAUAAAUCAAGAAAACAGUCACAGAUCUCCCUCUCAGUAUUUUAUAUUGACAAAGGAAAAAAUGUGGGUGCAGUUUACAGAAAGUAUCCAAAGAAAAAAGGUGUGAGGAGGUCUGUUCCUGUUGCUACACUGCCAAAGGAAGAGGAAAUAUGUUCAAGCAAAGAGUGGUUGAACAAGUACAGUAUAAAAAAGUUGAAGUUAGAGUUGCCCAGAAUUAUGUUUGGUCCCAACUGUGUUCACCAGAAGAAAACGGUGGAGUCUUUGCACAAGAAAGUGUCAGCAAAAUACUGUACCAUUUUUCCCAGUGUGGAAAUCAAUGGUAUUGUGAAACACGUACAGUUUCAGCCUAAGGAACUAGAAGACUAUGUUGAACAAAUGGAGAGGGUGUUAUGUUGCUAUAUACGAAGAAUACAGUGGCUUCUUUCAGGAAGCCGGCGAUUAUUUGGCACCAUUUUGGAGACAAAAGUAUGCAUCUUGAUUGAUACAUCUGGUUCCAUGGACCCUUAUUUGCAACAGGUCACAAAAGAGCUUACCUCCCUCAUCUGGGAACAGCUAAGAAAGAAUAAUGCUAGGUUUAACCUGCUGAGAUUUGCAGAAGAUAUAGACACUUGGCAGGAGUUUCUUGUAGAGGCUACAGAUGAAACAUGUCAUGAUGCUGUACAAUGGGUGUCAAAAUUCCAAGCUCAUGGCAAUACAUGUGUCCUUAAGGCUUUGCAGAAAGCUUUCUGUUUUCAAGAUCUAGAGGCACUGUAUGUUCUGACCGAUGGAAAGCCAGAUACCAGCUGCAGUCUCAUUCUAAAAGAAGUUGAAAAAAUUAGAAAGAAAGAAACUAUUAAAAUCCACACCAUUUCUUUUAACUGUUCAGACAGAAGAGCUAAUGAAUUUCUGAAGAAGCUGGCCUCUCAAACAGGAGGACGCUACCAUCGCUGUAUUGGAGAUAUGGAUGGACAGUUAGCAGCACACAGAAUGUUGACAGAAGGGUUUGAUGAUGAUGAUGAUCCAGUUUUUCCUUUCUUCGAAGGAGAUGAUUUAAAGAAACUUGCUCAAGAAGUAGCAAAAGCCAGAAGCUUUUUAAUGCAAGCAAAAUCCUUCAGGUUACUAUUAGAAAAAUGGAAUUUGGACCAAAAGGACAAUUCUUUUUUAAAAAAAAAUCCUCAGGUAACCAGUCAGUACAAAACAAGCCAUUGAUUGUAUAUUUUUAUAAGGAUGUUAUUUCAAAUUAGAAUCCCGUAUUUUCCAACUUUGAAGAGAGUCAUUGCUUAAUGUAAAUAGCUAUUCAUUUCCAGCCGUUUUAGUGUUUAGCUCAGUUAGCUUAGCAGCACGUAACAAAUACAUGCACAAGGAAGUUCACAGGUUGUAAUAUGUUUUGGGAGGAUGAAAAGUGCUAUACAGACGUAUGUUUUUAUUAAUUAAGUGCUCCAUGCUUCAGAAAGAAUUAAUAGCAAAGCUCUUUUGGAGGCGUAGUAACCAAUAUUACGUGUUUUUGCUGGAAUAAAAAGAGAUUCUAGUACAUGUCUCUUGGUAACGUGACUAUCAGGUUAUAAAAACUUUGAAUAGUAAAGCACAGUGUACAUGGGUAUCAUCAGCAUCCAGGUAUAGCAGGGUUCAGACAAAUGGAUUCCAAGAUAAAAAUGAGAGCACUGUUUACCAAAAUUUUAAAUGAACCAAAGAUGCACUGUUCAAGCAUGUACUAACUUAGCUGCUUCAAUACAGCUCUUCCCUGCUUCAUUUAAUAUGCUAUUUUAAUAGGCAUGCAUUGAGUAAGGAAACCCCCUUCUUCACUUGAUGUGACUUCAAUGGGACUACUCAUGUGUUAAAAGUUACAUACUAUCUCUGUACUUAAUCUGUGCAUAUGUUUAGGUGCUUUGCUAGGUCAGGGCUGUGACAGAGGUGAAGACUUUCUGUCAGUUGAAGCCUGCAGCCUGGACAGUAAAUCAGGCCCAGAAUGCACAUAAAGUUCAACCUUUGUAAGCAUGGGGAAAUAAUAAGUUUGGAUAAUAAGGGUUUUGAAAAAUUAAGCAAAUUUGCAAUGUAAUUAAUAGAUAAAAUGGGGAUACAACUGUUUAUCCUAACUGAGGUCCAGAACGUUUUUUAAACUGUAUUAUUGUAAUAAGAAUUGCUUCAAUUAAUUGGCAUUGUACGUUGAGCCUCUUAUUUGGUUUUGUUUUUUUACAGUUAUUUUAACAGACUCCAGAUAUUAUCUUUGAUGGGUAAAAGAGAUGGACUAUCAUCCGAAAAAGAAAAUUAUUCCCAACAUCUUUAUAUAGUGAUGUCAAGAAACAACUGUUUGCACAGAAAAAAAAAUAAAGCCUAAAGUUGAAGAGAAUGCAUUUGCCAAAAAUUUUGCAAAUAACCAUUUUCACUUCUUGCUCUAAAUUUUCUCUUUGCUGCCAUCACAAGUAGGGAGGAAAGAUUAUUCUAGAAAUCAGCAGAUCCACAAGCAAGCAACACCCUUUCAUGCUGAUAAAAUCCAGCUGAAUUCACUAUGGGUCCAAUUCAGCUGUCAACUAAAACCAAGGGAGAGACUAUCACUGACAUCAGUGGUAGUUUGUUCAGAAUUCUUUGGUAACAGAGAGAGACUGAACAUUUGUUCACAGGAGUCUUGUGAGAAAAUGCAUUUCAAACUAUCUGCACGGUUCUGAGAGAUGCAGAAUUUUCCAGCGAUUAUAUAAAAUAUGCACUUCUAGCUAGCAAACCCAGGCACCAGGGACAAAAUCCUGGCCUGACUGAAGUCAGAGUUUUGCCAUUGCCUUUGGGGCCAAGAUUUCACCCCAAAAAUUUAACAGAUGUAAUAUUCAGUAGAAAUGGGCCAGAAAUGUAAAGUCCAGAUAGUGAUCUGAGAUUCCCAAAGUCCAGGUGUCUAUAGAUCCAAAUGUUUUGUUUGGGCCCACCUCAAAUACUAACUGUAAAUGUAUACAUCUGGGAACAAUAAAUGUAGGACAUAUUUACAAGAUGAAGGACUCUAUCCUUGGAAGCAGUGUCUG